AGAAGGGCAGUGAAAAUAACGGCUUAAGAUGGGGAGCCCAUCAGUUUCCGCGGCAAACUUGAAAGGCCAGAUCUUUAUCGGAAAAGAAGAAGAAAAAAACACAUGAUUUGUAGAGCUUUUUGAGCGAGGAAAUUGUAUUAGAAGAAAAAAAAAGGAAAAUCCUUUGUGUUUAGUUUGGCGUUUCCUUCUUCCAAACGGCAUCCUUUUAUCUUCUCUUUUCUCUUCUUUAUUUUCUUUAUUUUUCGGUUUGGUCUCAAUCUUUCUUACGCUUAUGCUUCUUCUUUGCUUGCUUUUUAGCGAGCUUUGUUCUCACUGUCCCAGACUCCUCUGCUCUGCCACUCCCUUCUUUCUUUACUCCCUCUUUCUUUAACCCAAAACCCACCAAUUUUUCUCCUCUCCUCUUACUGUCCUUUCGGUAAUGGACAGGAAACAAGGGUUUUUCUCCUCCCUUAAAGACGACGUUGUCAGAGGCCUUUCUCCGGGCAAAUCAAGAGCCAAAAGCCCAGUGCGGAGUACCUCUCCGGCCACCAGUUUGAGGCGCCGUAGGAAGGGCGGCCACCGCCUCUCCCGCCGUGAACUGUUGAUUGGGAGAUCCGGGAGCUUGAGGUCGGUGGAGGCAUUGUCGCCCUUGAAGGAAGGCCCCGAUGAUACCGACGGUGAGGAUUCCAAAAUGGAAGGCAGAUGGGCGCAAUGGAUGAAGGGGCAGCUCUGUAGAGCUCCUUCUGUUUCCUGCUCUGCCUAUAAACGCUCCGAUCUGCGGCUUUUGCUUGGCGUUUUGGGCGCCCCGCUUGCCCCUGUUCAUGUCUCCUCUUCGGACCCUCUGCCUCAUCUCAGCAUUAAAGAUACCCCCAUUGAGACAUCAUCUGCACAGUAUAUAUUACAGCAGUACACGGCUGCUUCCGGAGGCCAGAAGCUUCAAAACUCUAUUCAAAAUGCUUAUGCCAUGGGGAAGGUGAGAAUGGUAGCUUCUGAAUUUGAAACUGCUAACAGAGUUAUCAGGAGCCGAAACUCCUCCAAAGAUGCCGAGUCGGGUGGGUUUGUCCUGUGGCAGAUGAAUCCAGACAUGUGGUAUGUAGAGCUCGCGCUUGGUGGCAGCAAGGUUCAUGCUGGUUGCAAUGGGAGGCUUGUAUGGAGGCACACGCCAUGGCUCGGUGCACAUUGUGCUAAAGGGCCUGUUAGACCUUUACGCCGUGCACUUCAGGGACUUGAUCCUAAAACAACUGCAAGCAUGUUUACCAAUGCCAGAUGCACUGGGGAGAAGAAGAUUAACGAUGAGGAUUGCUUCAUCCUCAAACUCUGUGCAGAUCCUGUAACGUUGAAGGCCAGGAGCGAAGGGCCAGCAGAGAUUAUAAGACAUGUUUUAUUCGGUUAUUUCAGCCAGAAAACUGGCCUCCUUGUGCACUUGGAAGACUCUCACUUGACCCGCAUCCAAAACAAUGGAGGGGAUGCAGUUUACUGGGAGACCACAAUCAAUUCAUUCCUCGACGAUUACCGACCCGUCGAGGGGAUUAUGAUUGCUCACUCGGGACGCUCAGUGGUAACCCUUUUCAGAUUUGGAGAUACUGCUAUGAGCCACACCAAGACCAGGAUGGAAGAAGCAUGGACAAUUGAAGAAGUAGCAUUCAAUGUCCCUGGUUUAUCUGUAGAUUGUUUCAUUCCUCCUGCAGAACUAAGAUUUGGCUCCAUGAGUGAAACUUGUGAGCUCCCUCAGGAUCAGAUCAUAGACACUGCUGUUGCAGCACAAGCAUUUCAUGCUAAAGUCGCCGCCCUCGACAAGUUAGACGACAGUAAUGUAAUCUGGAAUACAGAUGCGUAAGGCGAAGACGCGAGGAGGGCUCGACUGGACGUAUUUUAGCAAGUUAUUGUACUGAUAUAGCAAGCAUAGGUGCAUAGAAGUCCUGGAGAUAAUAGAGCAUUAUCAUUCAUAAAAUUUUCCCCUGUUCCUUAGUAAAUUGUCAAUACGAAAUUUCCUGCAAAGUCGGAUCACUCUCUCCUUAUAAUCAUUAAGGUUUGUCUUUCUUACCAACUGCAAUCAAAUGUGAUCUGAGCAGUGUUUAGCUAAUAAACUGAAGUUUGGAACGUAA